AUGGCAUUCCGACGCCUCCCGACGUCUCGCAUUUUGGAAGUGGAGAGAAAGUUCCGCUCGUUUGCAGUUCCCAAACUGACUCAAUAUGGAGGUCUUCCUCAUUUUAAGAGCUUGCAAAAGCUUCCGAUCCGAAUAAUACGAGACUCUUACUACGACAAAUCGAAUCUCCUCUCGUCAGCUGGAGUCUGGAUCCGGAAGAGAGAUGACCGGUGGGAAGCGAAGGUCAAAAAGGGUGGAUCUUUCACAAAUUCAAGAUUCGAAGAGCUCACACAUGUUGACGACAUCUCGGCGUGCAUCAAGCGCAUCACCGGCAUCGAUGAUCGAGAGGCGCGAAACUUUGGCCUUGAUCCCAUUGCCAUCUUUUCCACCACUCGCGAAACGUGGAUAGCCGAUGACGAGUUCCAUAUUGUGCUUGAUACGAUGGAUUUUGGUCACCAAGUUGGCGAAGUCGAGUUGCAAAAGGUCUUGGCUGGCGAGCCGACUGAGCAUCAGAAACAAAACGAAGUGCAGCUUAUGGAUGAAAGGGUGGCUUCGUUUAUGGAGACUUAUGCCUGGGCAUUUUCUCCGGGCCAGCCAACGGGCAAAUUGACGGCAUACUUUGAGCGGGAAAGAAGAAAAACUACAUGA